GUAUAUUUUUUAAAUUUGGAAUAAGUGGCAAAUGAAAAAACGGAUUUCAUCAUAUUUGUGAAUGAUACCAAAAACAAAAGAUAUUAACAACGAAUACUUUUAAUUAUUUGUCAACAAUUUGGAAUUAUUGUUUAAUAAAAAAAAAUGUGUACUCAAGAAAUAGACGACUCAGAUUUUUUUCAUCAGGAUUUCAGUACGGCCAGUGAAUGGGAAAAUUUUAGUGCUCAACUAGAACAAGUACUUCAUGAGUGGAAAAUUCCGUCUUCAAAACUGGAAAAGGACCUUGAAACCAACCAGCUUUUAUUGUGCAAUUGGAAAAUUUUAAAGGACAAUAUUACUUUUUCAAAUACUGAUUUUGAAAUAUUGCAUUAUAAAGCAAAUAUAGGACAAAGUAACAACGAUUUGUCAAAGCACAUUAAUGGUACUUUGAUAUGCCAAUGUUUUUUAGACCUUAUGUCUAGUAAAAACGACUUUUUGCCUGGAGACGUAAAGAAAAAUCCAGAGCCUUUACAUCCUAUAGCACGAUGGUAUGGUCUCCGAAAUUUUGUCAUCUUGCGUCCUGUAAAAAGUAUUCAAAAUGAAAGCCAAAUACGAAUUUUAUUGAGCUCAUUACACAUCGCAUUGGCUGAUAGUGCUUGUGAGGUUCCAAUAUUCCUUCAAAUAUUACGAAAAGAGCAAAAUGUUUUUUUAGGCGUUUGUGAACAUGGUUCAACGCGAACUUCAUUUGACAUUAUACAUAGCAGUACAAUUCCUCAAACAUGUCGUUACCUUUCGGGGAUAAUAGAUAUGUUUAAAGGAAAAGUGUUAUACGACUACUUGCAGCCUGUAACAGUUGGCGUACGGUUAUCAUAUUCUUUGAGAAAAUUUUCGUCUAAUAGCGACAUUGAAGACAAGCGGUUUUGUCUUAAUGAACAGCCUGGCAACGAGCCCGAAGAUGAAAUUACAGUUUCUCCGAAAGUCAUUCUUUGUGGUACCAGUGUAGACCCAAUUUCAGAAAUUGUGUUGAAUUGCACAUGGAUGAACGUUGCGGAGAAUUGCGUAAUUGAUUCGCAAUCAUAUUCAGAUUUUGACCCUUUAUUGGCUCCUCAAUGGAGUCUUAACAUUAACUAUGAUUAUUCACCUGUUUGUUACACUACUGAGUGUAUUUCCGAAUAUUUAAAUCUGGCAAGUUCACGAGUCUCUAUAACAGAGUAUUAUCACAAUUUAAUUGACGAACCCGCUAUAAGUACGUCUGGUCUCAAUCCUUUAGACCGCAUCACGGAGUCAAGAGUUCUGAAAUUCUCGUCGGUUUUGCCAAUUAGAGGAAUUGUUUCAGCUGAAAGAAUGUCCGUUUCAAAAGAAGAAGUCAAAAGACUCGAGGGACCAAUAAACGAAAACAAUAUUAUGAAAAUGUUAUACUACCUGUUUCCUGAUGCCCAUUUGGAAGAAACCGCAAACACAUAUACAUUUCCAGACUCUGAAAUUUUUGAUCCUUUAAAAAUAAAAUCAGCACCGAAAGAUUCCUUGGUACAUCGGUUGAGUGUUCUUCUUGCUUUUGUUAAUGCAAAUUUUGGUGGAAAAACAGCUAUCGCACAAUUAUGGGCAGAGUUUGUUCAAGAAAUGCGGUACCGAGUAGAAAAUAGUAUACGAAUUCCUGGAGUUCAACCGGGUUUUCCCGAUUUUCGUACAUGUCUGUUUCAUCAGAAGUUACAAAUGCUUAAUAUUUGCAUAGAGCGACGACUCAUUCGAGAAGGUAGACUUCCAUUUACCAUGACUACGUCUUCUUUAGAUUCAAAAGACACACAAAACGAUUCCGAAGAAGAAUUUUUUGAUUGCCAUGAGGCCGAUGACGAAUUUAAAACAGAUAACAAACAUUCUGCAUGGAAUCAACCUACUGGUCGCUUAUCAAAGUUGGGAAACAUGCUUUUGGUCAAUUCAAACGAACCAUUGUAUAUUCCAAUAACACAAGAGCCAGUGCCAAAAACAGAAGACCAGACAGAAGAUGACGCUGAAAUUUUGUUGAAACUUGGACCAGGAAGUGAAUUGCGAGCUCAAAUGAUGAGUGCAUCUUUAUUGUCUGAUAUGGAAAGCUUCAAAGCGGCAAAUCCCGCAGGAAGACUAGAGGAUUUCAUAAGAUGGUACAGUCCCAGAGAUUGGAUAGAAGAUGAACACAGUGAUGAAUUAGAACAGGACACUUUUGGUCGUAAAGGGACUUUGAGCUCACGUAUGCUUAUACCUGGUAACAUGUGGCAAGCAACGUGGGAACAAGCGAAACCGGUUCCAGCAAGGCGUCAACGACGUUUAUUUGAUGAUACAAAAGAAUCUGAAAAAGUACUUCAUUUUUUUGAAAUGAUGUCAAUUGGUUCGUUAGUGCAACUUACGACGGCUCCUUUAUUUCAUGCGGUGAUAGAGAACUUUGAAUGUGAAGCAGGAGAGUUAGUUGAUAUAAUUCCAGACUGGAACACAAUGCAUAAAAAAAUAAUUCAGAAUUGUUGUAAAUUUUCACGCGAUGAAAUGAAUUAUUUCAAAGAAAGUUGCACAGGAAAAUGGACGUUAUUGUUGAAUGAAAUUCUAAAUAUUGAGUAUUUGAUUUCACAAGCUAAAAGUUUGAGAAUGAAACUUGUACCUAACAUUAGUCAACUUCAAAACGAGCAUAAAGCAGUGUUAACUUCAUUGCUAAAACAUGAUGAGACUGAAUUGGUGCAUGGAGCAAAAAAUGACAUUUCUGUAAAUAUUUUAAAGUUGUUUACUGAAGCAAAAAAAUUACAAUCAGAACAAAAUAUUGAAGUAAAAACAUCAAAUGAAAAAAGUUCUGAUCUACCAUGUCCAUUUGAAAAGCAGUUUACGUUAAGAGCAUGUGGAAAACUAGUGCAAAGAGGAAUGGGCGGACCUCAAUUUUUGAGGGCAAUUGUCAAAAAUGAUGAUUUUCGUAUCUGCGGAGCAUUUAGUCAAGAUACGACUCUUUUAUAAAUAAACUAGCGUUAAUCGUAAAUUUUGUUUCACACGUCGAAUUACAUUGUUUUAAAAGGAGACAGACACUCAAAAACUCCAAAACAAAACUUUCAUGGAAGUGCAAUGAAUUUUUCUUAAUUUUUCACGAUUCAUCAACAAAUCGCUCUAAUUCUUCGUUCCUCAAUCUCUUAGUUAGAUUUGACACAAUGCACAAAAAGAGUUGGAAAGCAAAAUUUGAGAAAUGUUUUUGCAAAAUUUAUAUAUUUGGAUUUUGAGUUUGAAAUGCAAAACUACAUCAUUAGUAAAAUAUGACA